AUGGCAAGAAAGGACGCAAUAGAAGCCGAAGUUGCUGAACUUGAACAAGUGCUGAAGGGUCAAGGUGUCGGAAUGACCGAACCCUUAGUAGAUAAUUUUGGGUUUCCACGCGCAGAUGUGGAUUUAGUCGCGAUUAGAACAGCACGCGCGAGAAUUAUCGCAUUGCGAAAUGAUCAUAAAGCCAUAAUGUUACAAAUCGAGCAAGCGUUACAUGCUAUACACGCUGAAGCUCAAGAGAAAAAACGCGUAGAAUCCCAAAGACUCUCAGAAAAUACUGGUAGUGGAUUAAUCACAUCAGAACAAGAUCAAGUGAAUGCUGUUGCACCAGAUUCACCUGCAAAAGACGCGGGACUACAAAAAGGUGACAAAAUUCUAAAUUUUGGCACAAUACACGCGGGAAACCACGAAAAACUUCAAGCAUUGAAUACUUUAGUUGGGCAAAGUGAAGGCAAAAUUAUUGAUGUUACAAUUGAACGAGACUCCUCGUCGUCUUCAGAAGAAUUACUGCCGCCAACACGCAUGGUAUUACAAUUUACUCCGAGACGUGGUUGGGGUGGUCGUGGAUUAUUAGGAUGUCACAUUUCACCAAUAUAA